AUGGCACCUUACGAGGCAUUAUAUGGUCGUAGGUGUCGCAUACCUUCAUGUUGGACUGAGUUGGGCGAGCGGCGUGUUUUGGGCCAUGAACUAGUUUCUGAUACCGAUGAUAAAGUUAGGUUGAUUCGAGACCGACUGAAUGUGGCAUUAGACAGACAAAAGUCCUAUGCGGAUCUAAAGCAUCGAGAGAUUGAGUAUUCGAUGGGGGACUUCAUUUUUCUCAAAGUCUCGCCGUGGAAGAAGUUAGAGCAACUUCUAGAGUUGGACCAGAUUCACGAUGUUUUCCACGUCUCAAUGUUGAGGCGUUACCGCUUUGAUCCCAUGCAUAUUGUUCCAGUUGAGGAGAUUGAGGUAAGGUCAGAUCUAACCUUUAAAGAGAAGUUAGUACAAAUAUUGGAGCGAGAUGCAAAGGUUCUAAGAAGAAAAUCCAUCCCAUUGGUUAAAGUUCUCUGGCAUAAUCAUAGCACCGAGAAGGCCACGUGGGAGCCUGAGGAUGUGAUGCGUCAGCAGUAUCCCCAUCAAUUCUGA